AUGGUCCGCAUCAUCCCUGGACGACUCAAGUCCAGCUCCUCCCUCCGCAACAGCCGCAGCAGCAGUCCUACGAGAAACAACAGCACCGGCAGCACCAACAGCAAGAUGGAGCUGAGUCCAAAGGAGAAUGGCUUGACCUUGAAGGUCGUCGUUAUGAAGGCUCGAAAUCUUGCCGCAAAAGACAGACGCGGCACAUCCGACCCAUACCUGGUUUUGACACUCGGUGACGCCAAGGUGACCACCCACGAAGUGCCCAAGACUCUCAAUCCAGAAUGGAACGUCAUCGAAGAACUACCAGUCAAUUCGACCCAGAGCCUCCUUCUCGAUGUUAUAUGCUGGGAUAAGGACCGCUUCGGCAAGGACUACCUUGGCGAGUUCGACCUUGCUUUGGAGGAGAUCUUCGCCAACGAGCAAAUCGAGCAAGCCCCGAAAUGGUACCCUCUCAAGAGCAAGAGACCCGGCAAGAAGACCAGCGUGGUCUCUGGCGAGGUCAUGCUCCAGUUCACCCUCUUCGACCAGUCCAACACAGCCGCUUCCCGCGAACAAGUAUUCGAGAAGCUCAAUGCCCUGCUCAACCAGUUGCCUGCGGGCUCCCGACAAAUCACACCGACCAUGACCCCCCUCAUCCAGCCGGUCCAGAAUAUGAGGGUCAGCGGAACAAACCCGUCACCUCCCCUGUCGCGCAACCAAACCGACGCCUACCAAGAAGAUGACGAUGACGAUGAUCUGGAUAUCGAAGAUGAUACUCCCGAGGACGACGAUCCCAGCAAACCCGAAGUCGCCGAGAAACGCAAGCGACGCCUGAGGAUCAAGGGCCUCAAGAAGAAGAGAAGAGACCAAACAUACGAGUUCAAUAAUAGUGGAAGCGACGUUGUGGGAGUCAUCUAUCUUGAAGUCUUGAACAUUACGGAUCUACCCCCUGAGCCCAACUCGACCCGGACUACAUUUGAUAUGGAUCCUUUCGUCGUUGCGUCACUCGGCAAGAAGACGUAUCGGACCAAGCGAGUGCGGCACAAUCUCAACCCGGUCUUCAACGAGAAGAUGAUUUUCCAAGUACAGGGUCACGAGCAGACAUACUCGUUCUCCUUUACCGUGAUGGAUCACGACAAGUACUCUGGAAAUGAUUUCAUCGCCGACUGCUCAUUACCCAUCAGGGAGCUCAUUGACAAGGCCCCCCAGGCAGAUCCCGAAACUGGUCUGUACGACGUACCCGAACCCCAUGAGUAUGUCGCCCCUCAACAGCGCCGCUUCAAGAAGCUAGGAAUGUCCCGUACAUCAUCUUCCCAAAGCUUGAGCAAGGUGCGACCUGGAUUGUCGAAGAAUGCAAGCAGUGCAUCCACAACUACCCAGACCGGAACAACAACGCCUACGCCUCCCGCCCAGGGGUCGACUUUGAACCCUGAGUUCCUGUCUCCUGAGCAAGCCCUCGCAGGAGCCGGUGCGCAAACUGCCGAGCUUGAGGCAGACGAUGCGGAAUUUCACGACUUCAGCGUCGCCCUGAAGAUGAAGGACGCCAAGAAGUGGGAGGCCAAGCACAACCCGGUCCUCUACAUCCGCGCCAAAUACGUCCCUUACCCGGCUUUGCGACAACAAUUUUGGAGAUCGAUGCUCAAGCAAUACGACACCGAUGAGAGCGGCCGCAUCAGCAAGAUCGAGCUGACUACGAUGCUUGACACCCUCGGAUCAACGUUGCGCGAGUCAACCAUUGAUAGCUUCUUCCAGCGUUUCCCCCACAGAGCCCAAGGCGAUGACAUAUCGGACCUGACAUUCGACGAAGCUGUGAUAUGCUUGGAGGAUCAGUUGGAGGCUAAGAGCCGCCCACAACUCAGCGUCACAGACAGAAUGAAGGGUAUGCUGCCGGAUGCUGACAAGGUCAAGAAUCUGCUCUCUGCUCAAGGCACCAGCAACGUUCCCGGCGGUCUACCGGCAGAAGGGUCUAGCUCAUCCGAUGGAACUCUCGACGUUCCGGAGCUCAGCACUCCUGGCGAGGAAGGUGAAUUGCUCGACCGGGACGACCUGGCUGAGGACCGUGCCGGCGAGGAGCAUGUGGUCGAAAUCAGAGAGUGCCCCAUCUGCCACCAGCCGCGCUUGAACAAGCGCAAGGAUACCGACAUCAUCACUCACAUUGCAACCUGCGCAAGCCAGGAUUGGAGACAAGUCAACAACCUCGUCAUGGGCGGCUUCGUCACCGCUAGCCAGGCCCAGCGCAAGUGGUACUCCAAGGUCAUCACAAAGAUCUCGUACGGCGGUUACAAGCUGGGAGCCAAUUCCGCAAAUAUCCUUGUGCAAGACCGAAUCACUGGCCAAAUCAACGAGGAGAAGAUGAGCGUCUACGUCAGACUAGGCAUUCGCCUGUUGUACAAGGGACUGAAGUCGAGCAACAUGGAGACCAAGCGAAUUCGCAAGAUGCUCAAGAGCAUGAGUGUUAAGCAGGGCAAGAAGUUUGAUGAUCCGGCUUCUAAGGCUGAGAUCCCCAAAUUUAUUGAGUUCCACCGCCUCGACAUGUCUGAGGUGCUCCUUCCAACAGAAGAGUUCAAGAACUUCAAUGAGUUCUUCUACAGAGCUUUGAAACCCGAAGCUCGCCCAUGCUCGGCCCCUGACCGUCCUGACGUUGUCGUGUCUCCCGCCGACUGUCGCAGCGUUGUCUUCAACAGUGUGAACCAGGCGACCCAGGUUUGGAUCAAGGGCCGCGAGUUCUCCAUCAAGCGCUUGCUUGGUGAUGCUUAUCCCGAAGACGUGAAGCGGUUCGAGAAUGGCGCUCUUGGUAUCUUCCGUUUGGCGCCCCAGGAUUACCAUCGCUUCCACAUCCCUGUGGAUGGUGUUUUGGGCAAGCCCAAGACGAUUGCGGGAGAAUAUUACACGGUGAACCCCAUGGCCAUCCGUUCCGCUCUCGAUGUCUACGGCGAAAACGUCCGAGUUCUCUGCCCAAUCGAUAGCCCGACUCACGGCCGCGUCAUGGUCAUCUGUGUUGGUGCCAUGAUGGUUGGCAGUACUGUGAUUACGCAGAAGGAGGGCGCGCAAGUGAAUCGUGCCGAUGAACUCGGCUACUUCAAAUUUGGUGGCAGCACGAUCGUAUUGCUAUUCGAGCCGGGCAAGAUGAAGUUCGAUGACGACCUGACUGACAACUCCAACGGGGCUCUCGAGACCCUAGUUCGCGUAGGCAUGUCUGUCGGACACGCCCCCGACCAGCCUCAGUGGGAACCCGACAUGCGAAAGGACGCAAAGGACGUCACCGAUGCCGAGAAGAAGGACGCCAAACGCCGUAUUGGAGGCAGCCUCGGCAGCGAAGAGUCAUCCAGUGGCGAAGAUACUCCGAACGCCAGCGCCGGCAUCACCACGCACGCUGCGUCGGCCAUGUAG